AUUAUCGGAAAUACAUUGGUUUAUUUCAAUGUUGUCUAUGCAAUAUACACUGUUUACGGCUAAAGUUUCAAUUGUGGUUACACUUAUUCUACUGUAUUAUUUAAUAUUUGUUUAUAACCUAAUAGGUGUACAAAAGUUUCAAUAACCGCUGAAAGGACUAUGAUAGUACCAAUAGAUAGGAAUAGGAGUUGCUCAUUCCAGCGCGCAUAGAGCGAAACGAGGCAUUAUAAAAGCCUGUGAAGUCAACUUCGGCAGCAGACAGCGCGGUGGUUUUGUGGUGAGCAUUCGGCUGUAAGAGGAAACUAGUGUGCCGGUGUAACCGAAUUGCGUGUGCAGUGAGGUGGAUAAAAACUAUUAAACUUGAACGAAACUGUUUUUUUUUAUUAUUUCAUGUUUACCUAUGCAUUUAUCUCUAUUUUUAUUUCUGUUCUUUGUGGAUACAUAUCUCAACUACAGUGUAUAGUGGUUAAAAGGGAAAAUACUGCACAAUGUGAUUUAUGACAAGACAAGUGCGAUUUUUUCAAAAAUUGCUAUAAAACUUAAAUCUCACAAACCAGUGACACAUACCUUCAAAGCUUGUUCAACAAAAGAUAUCACAUUUUUAGGUGUAAAGAAAUAAUUGCAAUAUAAAAUCGUCGUGAGACUAGACACACAGUGAUUAAAGAGCUUGUUUGAUAGUGCGGUCCUCUUUUGCUGACAGGGAUGCUAAGAUAUUACACUUUUUAAAAGGAGUCUCACGCAAAUGUGAAGCAUGGAACAUAUCGGACUAUUUCUUCUGAGUCUGUACCUCGGGUGUUCGGGUUUGUCGGCCGGUGGAUACCAGUUCGAUGACGACUACCUGGUGCCGCCGAAGUGCCGCGCGUGUGACGUCAAGUCGUGUCCCCUUCUGACGUUCUGCGCAGGCGUCGUAUUGAAGGACCAGUGCGGAUGCUGCCAGCGCUGCUCCUCGGAUCUCUUCCAGCCGCACGUGCAGCCAUACAAGUCGCCUCCACCGGAAAUGCCGACAGCUAGUCCGCCGACAACAACGGCACCGUCGUUAGUUGACGUGUGCGAGAAGCGGCAAUGUCCCAAAUUCAAGUUGUGCGUCGUCAACCAGCAAGGAUUGCCCAUCUGCACCUGCCCGAGCGAGCUAAUCUGCCGGCGCAAGCGAACGAGACGCAACAACCGCAACAAAGAAGGAACAGCAGACAUAUGUGGAACUGACGGUGUUACAUACCAGUCAAAGUGUCAUUUGAAAGUUGCCAACUGCAACAGCGAACGACGUAUCAAAUAUAAGCAUGACGGUGUAUGCACGGCUGAUGACGUCUCAGACGCUAGACGUGGUAAAGACAAGGGUGAAAGCAAGCCAGGAAAGCAGAUAAUAAACAAAUUAGAUCAGAUUUCCAGUGAAGAGAAGCUCGAUAAACUGGAACAAAAACGGCUGCGGAAAGAAAAGCGCAAAGAACGGAAACAGCGGCGCAAGGAAAAGGAACGGAAACGUAAGAAGGAUCCAUUAAGCGAAAACAACAAACGCCGAGCUAGAAACCGGCGGAUGAAGAGAAGGAACGAGGGCUACAGCGUGUACCCAUCGAACUACGACAUGCUUUUUGGGAGUCAAACACAAUGGAGUAGCAAUCAGGUCAGGAAGAGUAAGAUAUGAUCAUGUAAUAUAUGACAGAUGGAGAUUUCUUGCAGACUGUUUCACGUUAUAUGGAACUCAAUCACGACCAGUCUGAGUUAAAUAACUGUUCAUGAUAAAUGUUGUUGUUGAUUGCACAUGCGGUUGUUUGUCCAUGCAAAAUUUGAAAAUCUUUGAGUAACAACUAAAUAUCUGGAAAUUGCAGCUAUAUUUAAAAUAUUUCAGCUGGGACGCAAAUCAGGUCACAACACAUGCAUACUUAGGUGCGUAAGGGCCUUAUACACGCACGCACACACGCACACAUGCACACUCACACGCACAAUUGUUUUUCUCUAGCCGGUUUUGAUUCCAAGUAAGUAGCAUACAGUCUAAAAAUACACACACAAAAUUGUUCUUUCUCUAGACCGUAGCCGAUUUCGAUUCCGACAUGCAAUUUAUCAUAAAAUAUUAAAAAAGAAUUUAAAUAAUCAGUUGAACUGUACUGGUAGUUUUUUUCCUAACAAUGCUAUGCAUAGGCCCCAUACGACUAUGUAUCUAAAUAAACAUUGUGUCUUAACCCAUUAAUGCCUAGUGGACUCUCCCAUCCUCCUAAAUUGGAUCAAUUUAUUUCCAAAAUUAGGGAUAUCUAGUAUUUGUAUUUCUAUAUUAAGAAAAUUUCUUACAGAAAUUCCUUUAAGCAAACAGCGCUGACCCAGAUGAGACGCCGCAUCAUGCGGCGUCUCAUCUGGGUUUACGCUGUUUGCCAAUGCCUUUUUUCUAGACGCUAGGCAUAAAUGGGUUAAUGCCGAUGCCGCCUUAUUAUGCAUAGCAUCCGCAUGGUACGCAUUUUGUAGCCUUAAUAUUGUGACAUAAAUACUGUUUAUGUUUAUUUUAAAGAAGACUGCACAUUGAACCAUUAAUAUGCGAAUAUUUAAAACAUUAAAAUUAUGAUUUAUGAA